CCACGCGAAUUGAUACUGAACGCAUGUGCUGAAUAAAAACAAUUUUUUCAUUCGAUCGAUAAAUAAAUCACAAUCUUUGUUUUCCAAACUUUUCGUGUAUAAAUAGUGAACGCAUCUAUAUAUUUAAAACUGUUCUUUUAAUUAACGGAACAAUUUGUUACCUGUAUUAAAAAAAAUUCGCGCCAACCGACUUUUUUUCUAUUAUGAAUUUUAUAUCACUGACAGUUUCGUCUUUGGAGAGUCAUUGUUUUAUUGUUUAUAGUGUUUUGAUCGUGUUUUUUAUCGGCUUCACAGUGUUUCACAAGAAUAGAAUAGAGACACGCCGAAAUAGAAUUGGCGAUAAGAGGAGGGAUGCGCCAAAUAUUUAUAAGGAUGGAAAAGAUCGUGAGCAUCCAGAUGACGAGGAUGAUCCAGACUUCCUGGUCCCAGCUAUACCAGAAAAUACCCGCCACAUACCCUACAAGCCCGAACGAAGACCCGUCUCCGACAUGAUUAAGAGGUCAAGAGAGUACUAUGAUAUGAUGGCUUCUAGGAGAACUGUGAGGAGGUUCAGCACUGAACCAAUCCCGCAAGAAGUUUUAGAUAAUAUUGUAAAAACCGCUGGCACCUCACCAUCAGGUGCCCACACAGAACCCUGGACAUUUGUAGUAGUCCAAGACCCGAACGUGAAAGCAGCUAUUAGAAGUAUCGUUGAAGAAGAAGAAGAAUUAAAUUAUGCUAGAAGAAUGUCCAGACAAUGGGUCACAGAUUUGAAACCAUUUGCUACGAAUGCAAAUAAGCCAUACCUGUGUGAUGCUCCAGCUCUCAUCUUGAUGUUCAGGCAGACACACUCCAUACGAGACGACGGGAAGAAACGUAUGCAUUAUUACAAUGAGAUUAGUGUUGCGAUUGCAGCCGGGUUUUUAUUGGCAGCUAUACAGUACUGCGGCCUCGUGGCUCUCACAUCGACUCCUCUAAACUGCAACUCACGUCUCCGCGACCUAUUGUCUAGACCACCCAAUGAGAGGCUGGAACUUCUUUUCCCAGUGGGUAGACCUCAUCCACUAGCCACUGUGCCGGAUCUGCAGAGGAAAUCUUUGGCAGAAAUUAUGGUUAGCGUCUGAGUGUCUGACUAUUGUAAUAGCAACAUUUUUUUCUCAUCAUGAUUAGGAUACAUUUGGUGAAAUAUUUCUAGGUAUUACAAACAUUGCGAUAAAAUUUCAGGAUUAAAAUUUGCAAUGAAGUUUGUGAAAAUGUACAUGCCUAAUGAUUACUUAAAAAGUUCUUAUGACAAUAAAUUAAAAUCUGUGCGUAGUCCACCUAAGAUUGUAUCAAGUAUUUAUUUUCUUCGCGUUUCCCAUGUUUAAUAAUAAAUGUAGUUAGGUUAAAACAAAUACUUAAACUUAGCGAUUCGUUUUGGAAAUAGCCAAAGUUAAAACUCCAAAGAUGUUAUAUUGGUGCUCAGUGUGAUAUAUCUUGCUCAAUUAUUAAAUAUAUUUUAGAGUAA